CUCCCCCACACCUCUCAGUUUUACAGGUUAAUUUUUCCUUAUAGGGCCAAUUUCGGAAACCCUAGUUCAUGCUCUAUGGUUGAAAAUCCAUGGAUUCUAGGAUGUAUUUGAUAGUUGUCCUCACGUAGUUGUAGAUCCAUAUUUGUAUGCAUGUAUCAUGUAUGAAUGGAUGUGCUAAUUGUUUUCUAUAUCCUGGUCAUAAGGAGGGGACUGCCUAGUCCUCUGGGGGACAGUACAUGUGGGGACUGCUCAUCCAAAAAUGCCGAUGAUAAAUGAAAGUGUAACUAAUUAGCACGAAAAAGAGGAAGAAGAAAUACCGAAGCUGGAAGAGGGGCAGCCGGUGCAAGAAGACAUCAUCGAUACAAGAAUUAAGAGGAGCAUCACCCUGAGAUACCCGAUGCUGUAUGGCAUAUUCCUUAGAGAGUGCACCAACCUGCACCGAUCAAAUAAUUGUAGUAUUGGUCCUAAGAUGAUCCAAAUAGAGCUUAUUAUUCCUCAAAAGAAGGUAAACAAUUUUAUUCCCUUGAUAGAGUAGUAUACCAUAGAGAUAGAAUAGCUCCUGCACCCAAUGGCAGUCCAGCGUGCACAGUGCCGCCGGCGACUAGGCCGUCAAGAGGAGUAGUAGUACUGUAAGCAAGAACGAUAACGAGGCCGGAGGAAUACAUCAAAACAUGUAAGCAAUCAACAAAGGAAAAUUAGCGGAGUAGUAUUUACAAGUAGUCCUACGUUAGAUGUUGAAGGGCUAAAAUUAAAUAGCACGUUGGGUCAUCCAACCAAGUGCAGAUUUUGCAUCGUGCUGGUUCAUCCAACCAAUUGGAGAGAAACUGAAAUGGGACAAAGUUAGUAAAAGCUAGCGCUGGAUUGGUCUAAACUUGCAUGCAUAUGCAAGAACUAGUACAUACAGCUUCCAAAAUACCAAAUGCUAGAGUACCAACCCUGACAAGCCAAAAGGUAGUGAUCGAGAUGAGGACGCCGCCGGCUAGGAAGGCCACCGGCCUAACGCCACCACUGGGCCGCGGCAUUGGAGCGUAAAAACGAGUGGAUAUUGGUGCAGUGGAAGCCAGACAGAUCAUCUUGUUUGUACACAGGGGGGAGUGUGGGUCUCUGUAUGUAUUGGAGAUUAGGAGAUCAAGUUUGAAGCAAGAGGUGCGAUCGAGCAGUUGAGGCAUGCGUCCACUGUGUUGCUUCCUCACUGCUCCUCUAUGCUUGGGGAAAAUAUCGUGAUCGUCCUGCACAUCAAGGUCCCAUUUUCCAGCCAGAGUUUCAGAGUCUCUCACGGACAGCACUACAGCAGGCACACAUCUGUACGGGUGCUUUUACAGGAGUUCGAUCUGAUCACUGGUUCUUUCUGCCGGACCUCUGGAAAUCGAGACGUAUACGUACGUAUUGGUGUUGGACUACGACACUGCCUGCAAGAUCCUUCCUGAUAUAUACAGGCCGCACGCACAAACCGCUGCCUAGCUAGCAGCACCGAUCAAGAAACUAGUUGUCUCGCAAAAGACUCGUCUUCUCUACCUCCAAUGGCGGCGACUCGUCUUCUCUACCUGGGCGCUCUACUGUUCCUGACCAUGGCGGCGUCAACGUCUGGGGCGGAGGCAUUUGGCCUCCCGCGAGGCGUGUCGUCUGCGGACUGCGCCUACAAAUUGCAGCAGUACGCAACAAUCCCGCUGUCCAGUCCGGGCGAGGCGGCCAUCCACCUCGGCAACACCAAAUCCUGCAUCGCUGGCUAUGGAGGCCGCUGGGAUCCCUACACCGCGUACCAGUUCUGCAUCCCAUCCUGGGUCGCCUUCACAGACAACGGCACCCUCGUCGGAGAGGCUGCUCUACAACACGCCGCCAUCAGCCCUGGCACGGCCGUCUCAGGCUUCAAGCGCCUCUUCGGCAUCAGGAUUAACAACGAGAUGGUGAAGAGAGAGGCAGAGCUAGUUCCGUACAAGUUCACCGAGCAGAUUGGGAGAUGCGGCAUCCAGGUGGAGACCGAGGAAGGCCACGUGAUGAAUUUCCUUCCCGAGCGUGUGGCGGGCAUCCUCAUCGCUGAGCUGAAGAAGAUGGCGGAGGCACGCCUUGGCCACAAGAUCGGGUAUGCCGUUGUCACCGUUCCCGGGCACUUCAACGAUGCUCGGAAUUGGUUCAGGAACGAAGCUGCGCGGUUGCACGGUGGCUUAAGUGCUGUCAACGUCGUCGACGAGCAGGUCGCGGCAGCCGCGGCAUACCGUCUUCACGAGAAGAGGGGCGACGGCAAGGUCGUACUCGUUAUCCAUCUCGGGGGCCGCACGACACAUGCCACCAAGUUCAAGUUCAAGGAUGGUUCCGGUCGUCUCCUCCAAGAACGCCAUGAUGCCUAUCUAGGAGGUGAUGACUUCACUAACAGGGUUGUGGACUACUUUGUGGAGCUCAUCAAGGAGAAGCAUCAUCGGGACGUCCGCAGGGACGAGGGCGCUCUACGAAAGCUGAGGGCAUAUUGCGAGAUGGCCAAGAAGGCACUGAGCAACCGAGAAGGUGCACUUGUGAAUGUCGGGUCGGUUCUUGACGAAGGCUCAAGUUUCUACGAAGACUUCACACGGGCCAAGUUCGAGGAACUCAACGGUGACCUCAUGGCGAGAGUCAUUGAGAUGGUUGAGAUGGUAGUGCUGGGAGGUGCCCCCGCUUCCCAAUUGCGCAGCCACCAGGAUGCCAUUGAUGAGAUCAUUCUCGUCGGUGGAAGUGUGAGGAUCCCCAUGGUUGCGCAGCUCAUUGAGGAUUACUUCCAUGGCAGGGGGCUAAUCAGGGAUGAGGAGGCGGUGAUCCGAGGCGCCGCUCUUUUGUCCCGCCCCGAGUCUGCUAGAUAUGUGGAGGAAUGCUACAAUGGAGGAGUGUCAGGGCCUCUUUGGUUGGCGAGUUAGGAAUUAGGGAAAUCAAAAAUAGGAUCAGAAAGCAAUUUUUU